AUGGCACAACGGCGCUCAGCAGGAUGGAGGGCGGCAACAGUGGGGCUGUUCUCCCUCCUCGCCAGUGCAGCGCUCGCAGGACCGGACCUGACGACAAGGCACGAGAAGGGACGCUGCGCCAUAAGGGGCCAGUGUGGCAAGCAGAGCUUCUUUGGAUCUGAGCUGCCCUGUCCCGACAAUGGCCCAGCCAAGACACCGACCGACGACGUCAGGAAGCAACUGGUCGCCAUUUGCGGUGAGCAAUGGUCAGAGACAGACGUCUGUUGUGAGGCCGAGCAGCUGGAUGCCCUCAAGACGAACCUCGACCGCGCCACGCCCAUCAUCAACGCCUGCCCGGCCUGCAAGGAGAAUUUCUUCAACAUGUUCUGCACAUUCACCUGCUCGCCAGACCAGUCGCUGUUCAUCAACGUGACAGACACGGCGCCAAAGGGCGACAAGUUUCUCGUCACGGAGUUGACCCACCUGGUUUCGGACGAGUACGCAGGCACAUUCUACGACAGCUGCAAGGAUGUCAAGUUCGGCGCCACCAACGGCAAGGCCAUGGACUUCAUUGGCGGCGGCGCGAAGAACUACACGCAGUUCCUGAAGUUCCUUGGCGAUAAGAAGUUCCUCGGCUCUCCCUUCCAGAUCAACUUCCCGCGUCCAGAUGAGGCCGAGUUUCCCGACAUGGAGGCCAUGAACAAGCACGCAUACCCGUGCGAUACCGACGAUGAGCAGUACAGGUGCGCUUGUCUUGAUUGCGGCAGUUCGUGCACUCAGCUCCCUGAGGUCACCGAGGCUAAGCAGUGUUACGUCGGCUUGCUGCCUUGCCUUUCUUUUGCUGUCAUCAUCGUUUACUCUGCGCUACUGGCCUUGCUGUGUACUGGUGUCGCCGCACACGUCGCCAAACAGAAGAUCUCGCAACAGAAGAACGAACGACUGCGCCUUCUACAAGAUCUGGAGCCCAGUGAUGAUGAGGAUGAAGGCGACAUCGUCCACAACAUCGGCAUGUUGGACCGUCCCACCAAGCACUACAUGGUCAACACAUGGUGCGACCGUCUCUUCAGCCGCCUUGGUUAUGUAUGCGCGAGGUUUCCGGUGAUCACCAUCGUCACCAGUGUUGUUGUCGUCGCGUUGAUGAGCUUAGGGUGGCUGCGUUUUACCAUCGAGACUGAUCCUGUUCGCCUAUGGGUUGCUCCAGAUUCGGCAGCUGCACAAGAGAAGGCAUUCUUCGACGAGAAGUUUGGUCCUUUCUUCCGAGCCGAGCAAGCUUUCCUCGUCAACGAUACCAGCAAGGGUGCGCCAGUGCUGAGCUACGAGACGCUGGACUGGUGGUUCGGCGUUGAGGACCAGAUUCGCCGUCUCAAGUCAUCUCAAAGCGGAGCAACUCUCGACCAGGUCUGCUUCAAGCCGAUCGAAGACGCUUGCGUUGUGCAAUCGGUGACUGGCUACUUCCAAGGCGAUUUCGCGAACCUGUCGCCUAGUAGUUGGCAGGAUGACAUCAUGGACUGCGUUGACAAUCCUACUCAGUGCUUGCCUGAGUUUCAGCAGCCUCUGGACCCUCAUCUCCUAUUCGGUGGUGUCAACCAGAGCGUCCUGGAUGCCCAGGCGCUCGUUGUUACAUGGGUAGUAAAGAACCACGCCGAAGGUACGCCUGAGCUGCAACGCGCGAUGGACUUUGAGGAUGAGAUGAAGAACUAUCUUAAGCUGGUACAAGACGAUGCCAAGAGUCGUGGUCUUCGCCUGAGUUUCAGCACCGAAGUCAGUCUCGAGCAGGAGCUCAAUAAGAGCACCAACACCGAUGCUAAGAUCGUGGUGGUGAGCUACAUCGUCAUGUUCUUGUAUGCCUCACUCGCACUCGGCUCGACAACCCUUACAGUACGAUCUGUCCUCCGCAACCCUGCAAAUGCGCUUGUUCAGUCCAAGUUUAUGCUGGGAACUGUUGGCAUUCUCAUUGUCCUUAUGUCGGUCGCAGCCUCCGUUGGACUGUUCUCUGCCGCUGGUAUCAAGGUCACCCUGAUCAUCGCUGAAGUCAUCCCCUUCCUGGUACUGGCUGUUGGCGUCGACAACAUCUUCCUCAUCGUGCACGAGUUCGAACGCAUCAACGUUAGCCACCCCGAAGGCUCCAUCCCGGAGCGCGUAUCGCGUGCUCUGGGUCGCAUGGGACCGUCCAUUCUGCUUUCUGCACUUACAGAAACGACUGCGUUUGCUCUCGGCUGCGCAGUGGGCAUGCCUGCGGUACGCAACUUCGCUGCGUAUGCCGCAGGUGCUGUUUUCAUCAACGCCAUCCUUCAGGUUACGAUGUUCAUCGCUGUUCUUUCUCUGAACCAGCAGCGCGUCGAGAACAACCGCGCCGACUGCUUCCCAUUCCUUCGAGUACUGAAGGCGGACCCCGGCUACCUCAACGGCGGCAUGGGUCACGGCGCUGGCGAAGAGGGAGCUUUGCAGCGCUUCAUUCGUAAGACUUACGCCCCAGCUAUUCUAGGUAAGAAGACCAAGGUAGCCAUCCUCGCCGUCUUCUUCGGUAUAUUCACAGCUGGCAUUGCUUUGUUCCCUGCCGUCGAGCUUGGCCUCGAUCAGCGCAUCGCCAUGCCAAGCGACUCUUACCUCAUUCCGUACUUCAACGAUUUGUACGACUACCUCGACGUCGGCCCGCCAGUCUAUUUCAUCACCAGAGAGCUCAAUGUCACCGAGAGGAAGCCCCAGAAGGAACUCUGCGGUCGCUUUUCCACUUGUGACCAAAUCAGUCUCGCGAAUAUUGUUGAAGCCGAACGUAAGCGACCCGAGGUGUCGUACCUGGCUGCACCUGCUGCCAGCUGGCUGGACGACUUCUUCCUUUGGUUGAACCCCGAGAAUGAGAAGUGUUGUGUCGACAAGGGCAAGCCCUGCUUCGCCAACCGCACUCCAGCGUGGAACAUGACCCUCUACGGCAUGCCCGAGGGCGAAGAGUUCAUUCACUACCUCGAACGCUGGAUUGAUGCGCCAACCACAGAAGACUGUCCUCUGGGUGGCAAGGCUGCCUAUUCUGACGCCCUUGUCAUCGACGCCAAACACAACACGAUCCCAGCUUCGCACUUCCGUACUUCCCACACUCCUCUCCGUUCGCAGAGCGACUUUAUUGCUGCAUACACUGCAGCACGCCGCAUCGCCAAGGAAAUCUCCAAGGAUGUCGAGACCGAAGUCUUCCCCUACUCCAAAUUUUACAUAUUUUUCGACCAAUACACAUCCAUCGUUCGCCUCGCCGGCGCCCUCAUCGGCUCAGCGCUUGCAGCCGUACUGGUCAUCACUACAAUCCUGCUUGGCUCCAUCUCCACAGCCCUUGUUGUUACUCUUGUUGUUGCCAUGAUUGUAUCAGCCAUUAUCGGCUCCAUGGCCGUUAUGGGUGUGUCGCUCAACGCCGUGUCCCUCGUCAACCUGAUCAUUUGCGUCGGUAUCAGCGUUGAGUUCACAGCUCACAUCGCACGCGCAUUCACAUUUCCCAGCCGCGCGACAAUGGAGCGAGCGCCCCGUCACCGCUUCCGUGGUCGCGAUGCUCGUGCCUGGACCGCCAUGGUCAACGUUGCAAGCAGCGUCAUCAGCGGAAUUACAAUCACGAAGAUCCUCGGUGUCGGCGUACUGGCCUUCACUCGUAGCAAGAUUUUUGAAAUCUACUACUUCCGCGUCUGGGUCGCGCUCGUUCUGUGGGCCUCGACACACGCACUUAUUCUCCUCCCUGUCUUGCUCAGCAUGUUCGGAGGGAGAGGCUACGUCGAUCCCGAGAGCGAAGGCGGGCUCGAGCAGGAUCUGAGGCGGAGACAGUAUCCCGCGCUGCUAGGUGACGACGAUGAGGAGUACGACAGCGAUGAUUAG